GGGCCCCGGUGUCCCCGGCCAGCACUAUGCCCAUCUUACUGUUCCUGAUAGACACGUCCGCUUCUAUGAACCAGCGCAGCCAUCUGGGCACCACCUACCUGGACACGGCCAAAGGCGCGGUAGAGACCUUCAUGAAGCUCCGUGCCCGGGAUCCAGCCAGUAGAGGAGACAGGUAUAUGCUGGUCACUUUCGAAGAGCCUCCUUAUGCUAUCAAGGCUGGAUGGAAAGAAAACCACGCCACCUUUAUGAAUGAACUGAAAAACCUUCAAGCUGAAGGACUUACGACUCUUGGCCAAUCCCUAAGGACAGCUUUUGAUUUAUUAAAUUUAAAUAGAUUAGUAACUGGCAUAGACAACUAUGGGCAGGGAAGAAACCCUUUUUUCCUGGAGCCAGCGAUAAUUAUAACAAUUACUGAUGGGAGCAAGUUGACUACUACCAGUGGAGUUCAGGAGGAGCUCCAUUUACCUCUUAAUUCACCUUUGCCUGGAAGUGAAUUGACCAAGGAACCUUUUCGUUGGGAUCAGAGACUCUUUGCAUUAGUGUUGCGAUUGCCUGGUACCAUGGCUGUUGAAUCAGAGCAGUUGACAGGUGUGCCUCUAGAUGAUUCCGCAAUCACACCAAUGUGUGAGGUGACAGGAGGCCGCUCAUAUUCAGUGUGUUCUCCAAGAAUGCUUAAUCAGUGUCUGGAGUCCUUGGUGCAAAAGGUGCAAAGUGGGGUGGUGAUAAACUUUGAAAAAGCAGGACCAGAUCCUUCCCCCAUAGAAGAUGGACAGACAGAACUAUCAAGACCUUUUGGAUCUCAACCUUGGCACAGCUGUCAUAAGCUUAUCUACGUCAGACCAAACCCUAAAACUGGGGUUCCAAUAGGUCACUGGCCUGUUCCAGAGUCCUUUUGGCCAGAUCAAAAUUCUCCAACACUACCACCUCGGACAUCACAUCCUAUCGUGAAGUUUUCUUGUACUGACUGUGAACCAAUGGUUAUUGAUAAACUGCCUUUUGACAAAUAUGAAUUAGAACCAUCACCACUGACCCAGUUUAUCCUAGAAAGGAAAUCCCCUCAAACUUGUUGGCAGGUGUACGUGAGCAACAGUGCAAAGUAUAGUGAACUUGGCCAUCCUUUUGGUUACUUGAAAGCUAGUACAGCAUUGAAUUGUGUCAAUUUAUUUGUGAUGCCUUAUAAUUAUCCAGUCCUCCUUCCUCUUUUAGAUGACCUAUUCAAGGUGCAUAAAGCAAAGCCAACAAUAAAGUGGAGACAGUCAUUUGAAAGUUAUUUGAAGACCAUGCCUCCCUACUAUCUUGGGCCCUUGAAGAAAGCUGUUAGAAUGAUGGGAGCACCUAACCUUAUAGCAGACAGUGUGGAAUAUGGACUUAGUUAUAGUGUCAUUUCAUACCUCAAAAAAUUGAGUCAACAGGCCAAAAUAGAAUCUGAUAGAGUCAUCGGAUCUGUAGGCAAAAAAGUAGUGCAGGAAACUGGAAUUAAGGUCCGAAGCCGAUCACACAAUCUGUCAAUGGCAUAUAGGAAAGAUUUUCAACAGCUGCUACAGGGAAUUAAUGAGGAAGUUCCUCACAGACUUCUAGACCUCAACAUGAAGGAAUACACUGGGUUCCAAGUUGCUUUGCUGAAUAAGGAUUUGAAGCCACAGACUUUUAGAAAUGCUUAUGAUAUACCCAGACGAAAUCUUUUGGAUCAUUUAACAAGGAUGAGAUCUAAUCUUUUGAAGACAACUCGUAAAUAUCUUAAAGGUCAAGAUGAAGAUCAAGUACACAGUGUUCCUAUAGCACAAAUGGGGAAUUAUCAAGAGUACCUCAAGCAGAUACCUUCUCCUCUUAGAGAACUUGAUCCUGACCAGCCUCGAAGGCUGCAUACAUUUGGGAAUCCCUUCAAGCUUGAUAAAAAGGGAAUGAUGAUAGACGAAGCAGAUGAAUUUGUAUCUGGGCCUCAAAAUAAACACAAACGACCUGGAGAACCAAAUAUGCAAGGGAUCCCCAAAAGACGUCGUUGUAUGUCUCCACUUCUAAGAGGAAGACAGCAGACUCCUCCAGUUGCAAACAAUCAUAUCGGAGGAAAAGGACCUCCUGUUCCAACUGCACAAGCACAGCCUGAUCUUAUUAAGCCUCUUCCUCUUCACAAAACUUCAGAAACCACUAAUGACAUGGCAGUGGAUGAUGUGGUUGAGAAUCAUGUUGCAGACCAACUGUCAUCAGACAUUGCACCGAAUGCGAUGGAUUCUGAGUUUUCGACAUCCUCUUCUCCGGUCAAUUUACUGGAGCGACCAACCAAUCACACAGAGGCUCUUGGCCAUGAUCAUUUAGGAACUAAUGACCUUACUGUGGGUGGAUUUUUAGAAAAUCAUGAAGAACCAAGAGAUAAAGAACAAUGUGCUGAGGAUAACAUGCCAGCAUCUUCACUCAACAAAGGGAAAAAAUUGAUGCAUUGCAGAAGCCACGAAGAGGUCAACAUUGAAUUAAAAGCACAAAUAAUGAAGGAAAUUCGAAAGCCAGGAAGAAAAUAUGAAAGAAUCUUCACAUUACUGAAGCAUGUGCAAGGCAGUUUGCAGACAAGACUAAUAUUUUUACAGAAUGUUAUUAAAGAAGCAUCAAGGUUUAAAAAACGAAUGCUAAUAGAGCAGUUGGAGGGCUUCUUGGAAGAAAUUCAUCGCAGAUCCAAUCAGAUAAACCAUAUCAAUAGCAAUUAAAAAGAAACUAGAAUGUGGCCACCUCUUUCCCUCCCUUCCCCCAAACACAAAGUAAAAAUAUGACUGAAGGAGUACACUGCUGUGAUCUUUGCAUUCGUUUUUGACAAGCACUGUUGGCUCUUUGAAAUACUAAAAGCAGCAAGUCUACAGAUCCUGUUUCCAUCAUUUUACAGUGACCUUUCUUCAUUUUGGUUUUAUUUUUCUAAUGUGAAAAGUAUCACUCAAGAACAUUUUUAUUUAACAAACUAAAACAAAAAAAUCCCAUAGAAAUUCUUGCUUGUCAUUGACUCUUGCGUGUCAAUUUCCCUCAGGUUCUAUUUUCUUAAUCCAACCUUCAAAAUUGUCACCUCUGUUAAGGUUGAAUUUUGCCAAAAAAAGGAAAAAAAAAGAAAAAAAGAAAAGAAAAAGACAAAAAAAGAAAAAAGUUACUUUGUAAUUUUUUGGGGAAAAAGCACAUACAUAAAAACAAGGUAAUGUUUUGUAUAUACAGUUAUUUUGGAUAUAUUAUUGUAAGUUGUACAAAUGUAUUUUGAAGAAUAUUUAAGAAAAGCACUUUUGUUAUUCCAUCAAUAAAUGCUCUAUUUUAA